AUUUUAUUGAAAAUUCCAAGCUCACCUCCAAUGUUGACAGCAGAUGAAUUACUACUUGCAAAAGAAAUUCUUCAAAUCUUGCGACCAGUUGAACAAGUGACAAAAGAACUAUGUGGAGAAAAGUAUGUCACAAUCAGCAAAAUGAUUCCAAUGAUCUACUGUUUAAAAAAGAAAAUUGAAAUGCUUGACUUGCGUUUAGAGACGUCAAUCGCACGAACUGUAAUAAGUCGUCUCCAAUUUCAAAUCACAAAAAGAUUUGAAAACAUGACAUGUAAUCGAAUUAUUGCAGUUUCGACAAUACUGGAUCCUCGAUUUAAGCGAUUGCAUUUUCAGCAAAACAAACUUGUAGCAUGUGCGCAAUCAGUCAAUUACAUUGCUAAAUGUAUAAAAGAAAUUGACCAAACAAUUAUUCCUGACGAUGACACAAUGAUGACCGAAGCAAACGUAGAGAAUUCUGAGGAGUCUGAUAACCUCUGGACGUAUCACGAAAAUCUUGUUAAAGGACAAAUCGGAAAUGAAAAUGAUAGAGACAAAGACGAAAUGCCAACCGAUCUAAAGCAUUACUUACAUCAACCUCUGGCAAAGUUGAAAGAAAAUCCAAUGUUCUAUUGGUUUAAGAAAUACAAAAUGAUUUAUCCAACACUUAGCAAAGUCGCAAGAAAAUACUUAUUCAUGGUUGCAACGUCAGUACCGUCUGAGAGAUUAUUUUCAAGAGCUGGAAAUAUUUUAACUGAGGAAAGAAAUCGACUUUCUCCAGAUCACCUACAGCAAUUACUUUUUCUGAACUCUUUGACAAUCACAGAAUGGCAGUUGAAAGAAUGAGUUAAUUGAAAUUAAUUAAAUUAGUUAAGUUAGAGAUUUUGUUACAGAUUACAUAUACAUAAAGAACAGAUACAUAUUAUAAAGAAUAUAUAUU